UGCUUAAAUGAUACUUCUCCUACUUGAGACUACAGCUGCAGCUCUCAGUCUCAAGCCUAUUGGUUCCUACUGAGGAAAUCCUUAAAAAUAGAUCGCAAAUAUUCACUUCAUUUGUUAAAAGGCUGAGUAAUUUCCUAAGACAACUUAGCAAAGUAAAUUUUACUACAAUAGGAGGAAACGUGUAUUUGUUGGGAACUAUUUUCAGCUGUGGAUUUUUAAAUAUCUAUAUUAUCUAUAUAUAUAUAGAACAUAUGUGUUUUUAAAAUGACCCUUAGACGUAGUGUGAUGUUGUUGUAGGGUUGCAGGGUUCAGGUUAUGGCUGCGUGUACAAAGUGUCUGAGAAACAGCGAUGUUCACAUCCUGUCUCCGACCAGUCAACAAUGGUUUCUUUUCACCAUGCGGGCAGUGGCCCUGUGGCAACAAGCCUGGACCCCUUAAGUCCCCCCAUAAGGUGGAAGGAGGAAAGUUUUAUGAUUUUGCGACAUCACAACUAGUGUGAUGUGGAAACUUGAGGCCACCAUGGACACUUUCAGUGAGCAAGAAGGAGUACAUGUGCUUUUAAGUUUAUACAAACCCAUACCAAACAGAAAGAUGAAUAUGUUUAUUUCUUAAAACAUGUCUUGUUUUGUUAAACUCAGUCAAAGAUUCAAGGAUCAGCUUUAUAUAUAUGGCCCAAAAAUUUGGAUUCCAUUCACAGACCAUCUGAAGGUUAUUGAAACGCUCAGAUUUUAGAUCAUACUUAUUUAGACUGGCUUUAGAAGAUUUUCUUAUUUUUUUUCUCUAUUAUAAUUAAUAUUUUAAUAUUAUCACCAUUAUUAUAUAUUUUUUUGUAUCUGUUUGAAUUUUUUUAUUACGAUUUUGUUUUAAAAAGUGCUAAAGGAAAAGCUAUUGUUAUUAUUAUGAUUAAUGAAUUUCCUCGAAUGAGUGAAACAGCGCCCCCCUGUGUUGUAGCAGCUUGUGAGCGCUAGUCUGUGUGGUCAACAGGGGUACUGCAUGUUACAGUCGAGGCAAUCAGUGAAGGAAGAAAAGCCAGGUGAAGUUGAUUUAAAAGAUUAUCUGAAACAGCCACAUGCGUCUCUGUCAUGCCACUGUGAAACUGUAAACGGACACUGGAAGAAGAUUUGUGAAGCAAGCAGUCCUACUUUAGCCCCACUGCAAAUAAUAGAAAGUUAGAAGCAUUAAGUUUGAUGAAACACCUGCAAAGUUCGCUAGGUGUUCAAGCAGCGGGAUACUAAUUUGUAUUACAUGGAUGUUGACCAGCUCGCCUCCAUGACAGAAAAGAAAAAUGGCCUCUGAUGUCAAAUAACAUAUCCAAUCAUGGGGAAUGCAGCAGGAAGCAUGGAGGUACCCCAGGGGAAGGAGAGCAGGACGGUGUCUGCCCCUCCAGGCUCCACAGGCUCCCAGAAACGAACUGUGGGGCUAAAACUCCCGAUGCCACCUGAAGAAGAGCUGGAGCAACGCUUCAGUGCAGUGCUGAACACGAUGAACCUUCCUCCAGACAAGGUGAAGAUCCUCAGUCAGUAUGACAACGAGAAGAAGUGGGACCUGAUCUGUGACCAGGAGCGGUUUCAAGUGAAGAAUCCACCAUCCGCUUAUUUAGAGAAGCUGAAGAGUUAUCUGGAUCACGGAGGAGUCAGUCGAAAGUUUAAGAGACGUGUCCAGGAAUCCACUCAGAUCCUGAGAGAGUUGGAGAUUUCCCUGAGGACCAAUUAUAUUGGCUGGGCUCAGGAGUUUCUAAACGAGGCGAACCAAGGCUUAGACGUUCUCGUGGACUAUCUGUCCUUUGCCCAUAGUGCUGUCACGUAUGAUGCGGACACUCUGGACAAUGGCACGCUGCCCGCAGAUAAAUGCAAAACUACGGACAAGGCGGUGGAAAAUCAGAGCAGAAGUGCCAGCAACUCGCCUUCUCACAGUGCCUCGAAGGCCAACAAGGGCUUCACAGUAAGGAAAGCCCUGAGGAACUCCCGAGCUGUGAGCCAGACGGAUGACGUUCAUCUGUGCAUCAUGUGUUUACGUGCCAUCAUGAACUAUCAGACUGGAUUCAACCUGGUGAUGAAGCAUCCCUGCUGUGUCAACGAGAUCACGCUCAGCCUCAACAACAGAAACCCGAGGACCAAGGCGCUGGUGCUGGAGCUGCUGGCGGCCGUGUGUUUGGUGAGAGGAGGCCAUGACAUCAUCCUCUCCGCCUUCGACAACUUCAAAGAGGUGUGUGGCGAGAGAAGUCGAUUUGAAAAGCUCAUGGAGUAUUUCCAAAAUGAAGACAGCAACAUCGACUUCAUGGUGGCCUGUAUGCAGUUCAUCAACAUCGUGGUGCACUCGGUGGAAAACAUGAACUUCAGAGUCUUCCUCCAGUAUGAGUUCACUCAUCACGGGCUGGAUGACUACCUUGAGAAGUUGAAGUUCACAGAGAGCGACAGACUGCUGGUGCAGAUCCAGGCCUAUCUGGACAAUGUGUUUGAUGUGGGCGCUCUGCUGGAGGACGCGGAGACCAAGAACGCUCUGCUGGAACACAUGGAGGAACUGCAGGAGCACAACUCACAGCUGAGCACCCAGCUUCAGGAGAGCGAGAGGGAGGCCAUGGAGAAAAUCUCAGAAUUGGAGAAGCAGCUCAUUCAGACCACAAAAGAAGUGGAGCUCCUAAAGGAGAGUCUACGUGAGUCCUGCUCCCAGGUGACUCUUCUGCAGCAGCGAGAACGAGAGAGAGAGCUGGAACGUGAGCGGGAGAGAGAGCGAGAGAGAGACAAGGACCGAUGCACCCAGGCCCUGAGGGAGCUGGAGGUCAAAGUUCAGGCUCUGGUGGAGCAGGGGCUGAUCCGAAUGGAGCGCUCCUCCUCUGGACACCUGGAGGUUCAGGUGGUCCCCGUCAUCCAGCACGUGAUACAGACAGUUAAAGAAGCAGAUUCAGGUAAUGACCACAAGGCCCCUCCCCCCUCCUCAGACCCUCAGCCUCACCUCUCUGAGGGUCCUCAGCAGGCGGCGACAGUGCAAGCUCUUCCUCCACCACCUCCUCCCCCUCCUCCACCUCCAGGCUCAACUAGAACCCCCCCUGUUCCUCCUCCUCCUCCUCCACCAGCAGCUCCACCGCCCCUGCUGCCUCCUGGAGGUGGUACGACCCAGCCAUCAGGGGACGGGACUGAAGGGAGCUCAGGCUGUAAAAAAAAGAAGGCCAUUCAAACAAAGUACCGCAUGCCGCUGUUAAACUGGCAGGCGCUAAAAUCCAACCAGGUGGCAGGAACCAUCUUUAACGAGCUGGACGACGAGCAAGUCUUGGAGGAGCUGAACAUGGCUGCUUUUGAGGAGCAGUUCAAGACCAAGGCCCAGUCCACUCCUGUAGAGCUGGGGACCCUCAAGAUGAAACUGGCCCACAAGACUCCCAGUAAAGUGUCUCUAAUGGAGCCCAACAGGGCCAAAAACCUGGCUAUCACCCUGCGCAAGGAGGGAAUGGCUGCAUCUGACAUCUGCUGUGCAAUAGAGACGUAUAACCAGAGAGCGCUGAGCCUGGACUUUCUCGAGCUCCUGGAGCGUUUCAUCCCCACAGAGUAUGAAAUGAAGCUCAUCCACAACUACGAGUGUGAGGGCAGGCCCCUGGACGAGCUCAGCGAGGAGGACCGCUUCAUGGUGCGCUUCAGCAAGAUCCCGCGGCUUCCCCAGCGGAUCAGCACUCUCACCUUCAUGGGCAAUUUCCCCGAGAGUGUCCAGCUAAUACAGCCUCAACUUAAUGCCCUCAUUGCUGCCUCGAUGUCGAUCAAAUCUUCGAGCAAGCUGAAGAAAAUCCUUGAGAUCAUCUUAGCAUUUGGAAACUACAUGAACAGCAGCAAACGAGAUGCAGCGUACGGCUUCCGCCUGCAGAGUUUAGAUUUGCUGUUAGACACCAAAUCUACAGACCGCAAGCAGACGUUGCUGCACUUCAUCGUCAGCAUCGUCCAGGAGAAAUACAGCGACGUCCAGGCCUUCUACACCGAGCUGCACUUCCUGGACAAGGCGGCGUUGGUUUCUGUUGACAGCAUCCUGCAGGACCUGCGAGCUCUGGAGAGAGGCAUGGAGGUGACCAGGAGGGAGUUCUCUGUCGAAAAAGACAAUCCUGUGCUGCAGGCGUUUCUCAGCAGCAACACCGAGCUGCUCCACUCGCUUACAGCUGAUGGAAAAACUGCCCAGGAUGCGUAUGACUCCGCUGUGGAGUACUUUGGAGAGAACUCUAAAGCCACGCCGCCCUCCGUGUUCUUCCCGGUUUUUGUCAGGUUCAUCAAAGCGUACAAGCAAGCUGAGCAGGAGAACGAGCAGAGGAAGAAACAACACGUCCUGAACUGUGAAGCCCCAUCAACGCCACCUAAACCUGAAGUCACGGGGAACAAGGCUUCUGUGACGUCCAAACUGCCACAGAUGGAUCUAAUAGCCGAGCUGAAGAAGAGGCAGGUGUCUCCUCUGGUGAGGGAGGGGAAGGACGGAGCCAUCGAGGACAUCAUCACAGAUUUAAGGAAUCAGCCGUACAGACGGACAGACGGCGGCCGACGCAGCGCCAAGUGGAAACCAGGACAACAGCUCCACGUGUGCUCAGACAUCUCCCUCUGAAAAACAAAAACACACACUACAGACCAGACUGAAUGCUAAAAAAGCACAAAAGAUCAGACAUUUAAGUCCCUGCGGCAACGAUCCUGCUCUCUCAUGCAUGCUUAAGAAUGCAGAGGUGAAAGAAAAUGCACGUUUCCAAGAGAACAAACAACAGAACAAACUCUUUCUGUGACAGUGAGGCACCUUUUCUGAAUAAAAUAUAAACUUUGCUGAUUGUCGAAAUGUUCUCUGAUUUUAAUAAUCAAAUGUUAGCGGCACAUGACGCUAAUGAUGCUGGAUGUCUCAUGAGGUCAUUAAGACAAUUACACAGAAGAAUGAGCCAUUUAGGUAAAAGUGACUGUUCAAACGGCAUUAAGGAGAAACCUAGAGAGACGGCACACUCAUAAACCCUUUUGAUAAUGUUCUUAAAAAUGCUCAAAGACAUGAUUUUUUUUAAUUGGUUUUAUUUGAAAUAGAUGACCACUGUCCAGCUUUCUGUCCUCUACUAGGUCUCACAAAUUUAGGCUGAAGAUUUGUAAUAUAUUUAAAUUAUUUUUAAUAUCGUAGUGUAAGAAUGAGAAACUUCUACUUUGCUUCCGCAUUCCAACAAAUAAAUAAAGCAUUUUAUACCGUUGA